AUGAGUUGUAACGUACAAGUGGAGGGAACCCGCCCUCGUCCUCAUUCUGGAGGUCUAUGGACAUUAUUUUCAUGGCUUCGACGAACAGAAGACUCGUCAUCAACUGAAAGUAUAUCUAGUGUAGGCUCAGAUCGAACUGCAACUAGCUUCGACUUCUUGCCUCCUGUUUAUUACCCUAACUCUCAGCCUCGUUUAUUCCUUCCUGUAAAUUCGCCAACCGAUUCAUAUAAGAAAAGAGUUCUUGAAAGAAAUUUACGUCGUAAAAGAGAGCAUGGCGUGACUUUACACAGGAAGUACGGCCUUUGGAGGGACGAGAGUGCUGGAUACGACAGAUUUAGUUUACCACAUUAUACAGACGCAAGUGAAUCAUCAGGCAACAAUCAAGUCAGAUGUCGAAGAGCAGCUAGUGAAUGUUUGCAACGUCGUGUGGCAUAUGUGCCGGGAAAACGACGAGCGCCACCUCCACCGAUUUUAGUUACAACCUCUUUACCUCGUAAUUACAAAAGAAAACGACCAGCCCCUAAGCCACCAUUGAAUUUGAUUACGGAGAAUAAAGAAAAUACGCACGAGUUAUUUGUUACUGCUCUAAAAGAUGUCGAUGUUCAAUCGUCUUUAGAAGAUAACACUGAAAAUAAUCAAUCCAAAGAACCAAGGGGUAAGAAAGAAAGGGGUUUUCUAAAACAAAUAUUCGAACACAAAAAGAGACAUUCAGCUAUCGAUAUUUCUCAUAUAAAGUUACUUCCGAGUAUAAGUGAGCUAGACAAGCAAGCGGCUGAAAUUAUAGAAAAUAAUAAACUAUUAAACCGUUAUAAUAGUGAAACUGAAAACGAUUUAAAUAAUAUUAUAAAAGAACGAAAAAUACUAAGUUCUAAUAUGAUGUGGAUGUGUACUAAAUGUUUUAGACGAUACGAUAUGACAAAUAAAGUAUGCUCGUAUUGUGCAUGUAAAGAAAGAGAACAAGAUCGUCCCUGGCUAAUAAGUGUGAAAGCUUCACAAACGAAUUCAAAAGGAACUACUAUUUCUACACAGUCACCUAAUGAUAAAAAUAAAUUAAAAGAAAUGCUUAAAGAAAUGAAAGAUUCUCUUCCAAACAAAGCAUCAUCUUCCUCUGAAACUCCGACUUUGCGCAUUGGAUGCACGAACAGCGAAACAGCAACGAAAGAUGAUGAAGAGCUCAAAAACGUAAAAUUAAAAAAUAUCUCUACUCCAACGGACACGCCAGAUACGGUUAUUAGAGCAAUUUUAACAACUAGUCAUAUAAAACCCCAAUCUGCCACAUUAACCAGCCACCGGGGCAAAUUGAAAACCGAAACACCAGGCAUUUCAAAUAUUCAGAAACACAUUAAAGAAGAUCACGAAUCACAAAACCGUAAUAGGAACGUUAACAACAACGGAGAGUCAAAGAAUAGUAAAAUUUUGAACUCCUACAAUAGUAACCAUCAAAAACCUUUAAGCAUAUCGUCUUUGCUAAAUCCCAUUUAUGAGCCCAAGAAAAAAGAUGAUUUACUUAUUAAAAAAGGCAACGAUAGAAAUGUAUUGAAAAAUAUUGCUGGAACAAAUAAAACUGAUAAUACAAAAGAUACAAGUGCAAACAAAGAAACUUGUGUUCCAAAUAAAGUUAUUGAAAAUGAUAUAAUUUUACAAAAAAGUAAAGAUGACCAAGAAAUAAAGUCUGUCAGUCCAUCUUCGAAGAAACUUACAUUAAGUCCAGUAGUAGUUUCACAAAUAAUAAAGAAAUCCAUUGAAGAAAAAGAAAAGAUUUUACGAAAAGCAGACGUUCAAAAAGGUCUGAGCAAUAACAAUAUCGAAAAGCGACGCGAGUUAGUAAAUCAACUUGAAUUUUCGAUAGCUAAAGGUGAUGAAAAGGCAGCAGCUGAAGCCGCUGCUAUGUUAGCUAAGCUGCGACUUUCUUGUUCCGUCAUUUCUUUUUCCUCCCAAAUUUUGGCGGGUCCAUCAACGUCAGGACUCUUACCAGGAAAUAAUACAAUUGUAGCAGCCCAAAAUAUGAUACCUUCAACAGAAGUGAAAAUCAAAACAACACAAUUAAACAAAAACGCAAGUGAAGUUAACGAUUGUACAACAGAAAACUUACAAAGAAGCAAAGGACCAGACGCAUCUAUCAACGAUAAUGUAUCCAUCGAAGUGUGGAUAGAAGAUAAAUUAGCUGCUCGAGGACCAUUCCGGUUAAAUAUUUCACGACAUUCUACAGUGGCAGACUUAAAACUAGAAGCAGCUAACUCAUUAAGGAUAGCCAUUAACUUGCAGCGUUGGAUUAUUGGCAAAACACUUUGCACAGACGACAAUUUGCCAGUCACUGCAAUUGCCGAAGAUGCCUUUAAUUCCCCAUUUUAUUUGUGCUUAGUUGAAUCUGAAAACCUUAAUAAUGAGGAUUCUUUAAAAUCGGAGGCUAUCAAUGCAAGAGAAGAGAACGCAGGUGAAUUCUACAAAGAGUUAAUAAAGCUAGAGCAACAGGCUCUAAUAUUUACCACGGAAAAUUUAGAGUGCCCGAUAUGCAUGGAAGUCUGUGCAACUGGAAAUGGAGUAGUUCUUCGAGAAUGUCUCCACUCUUUUUGUAAGGAAUGUGUCUGUGAUGUUGUGCGCCAUUGUGAAGAAGCAACAGUGUAUUGCCCUGCAAUAGGCUGUUCUGGUGUCUUACAAGACCGGGAAAUACGGGCAUUGUUGUCUAAUAAUGAAUAUGAAAAAUGGCUAGCUCGUAGUUUAGCCGCGGCCGAAAGUGGCACACGAAAUGCGUUCCAUUGUCGCACACCCGACUGCUCGGGCUGGACGUUUUGCGAAACUGGAGUAAGGAUGUUUCCCUGCCCUGUUUGUAAAAAGAAAAAUUGUAUUCCUUGUCAGAUAGUUCAUGAUGGAGAGACUUGUAAGGAGUACCAAAGAAAAUUAUCCGAAACAAAAGAUAAAGCAGCCGGGGACAUGGACGAAGGAACACAAGCCUUAUUCAAAUCAUUAAUUUCUCGCGGCGAAGCUCUCGAAUGUCCAGAAUGCCGUGCUAUCAUUACAAAGAAGUGGGGUUGCGACUGGAUAAAGUGUUCGGCUUGUAAAACAGAAAUAUGUUGGGUAACUAAAGGACGACGUUGGGGUCCGGGGGGCAAAGGCGAUACGAGUGGUGGAUGUCGCUGUGGUGUUGACGGAAAGCGGUGUCAUCCCACUUGUGGGUACUGCCAUUGA